AUGAAUGGCCUCGCAUCCUCCCCAAUGGGCACCAUGUAUGUGCGCGCUCUCUACGACUACGACGCCGACGAUCGCACCAGUCUGAGCUUCCGGCAAGGCGACAUCAUCCAGGUCAUCACCCAACUCGAGAGCGGCUGGUGGGAUGGCAUAAUCCGCGGCGUGCGAGGAUGGUUUCCCAGCAACUACUGCGAGCUCAUUGCCCAGCCCAACGAUGUCGCUGCUCAGCCUGCCCGCAUGUCGGAUGCUCACACUCAACCUCAUGCACGCAACCAUCUCGACGACGUGGCCCCCGAGUCUUCCUACCGUCACGCCGACCCUGCCCAGGAUAGUCAGGAGGAGGCUGCUUUCUGGAUACCACAGGCCACACCCGACGGCCGACUCUUCUACUUCAACACUCUGACUGGCGUCAGUACAAUGGAACUGCCACUGGAGAACCCCACACAACAUGCCGAAACAGGCCCCCACGAUCGCUACCAUGUGCUUCAACACGACCAGUCCCGUCCUCCACCCGAGAUGCUUGCACGUGGCUACGAGCGUGCCGAAUCUGAAGCUGACUACGAAUCUGCGAGCGAGGCCGACAUGACGCGCUCCAGGACGUCUUUGGUGAGUCGCAAUCGAGGCUCGUAUGUCUCAAACGCCCUCUCUCCUGCAACUUCGUCCGAGUCGCUCAGGAACACGUCCCCGCUCACUAGAUCGCGAACCGAUGUCGCCAACAUGUCCACCUCGAGUUACGCCAACAACUCCAACGGCACCGCUAUGACCUCCUUCAUCAACAGCCCUGUUACACCCGCCCAGAAAGACGAUCUGGUCAUCUCACGUCGCUGCUUCGACGACUCUCAGACGGUUCUUCUUACCUGGAAUACAUUGGUUGAGGACAUGCGCCGAGCUGUCCAGCGUUACCGCGAGUCGAUUGACAAUAGCCACAAGAGCGAGUUUGUGAGAAGAGCAGAGGAUAUCUCGGAUCACCUUCGUCUUCUGCUUGCCGCAGGAUCCGGCACUACCGACAACCACUCUGGCAAUCCCUCGAUCAUUUCGACAAACAAAGCCUUGUAUCCUCAUUUUAGGGAAAUGAUGUCGAGCUUCUCCAAGCUGGUUUUGUCUUCCCAUUUCGCCGCCGCAGACUUCACUACCCCGGACUCGUACUCCAAGUGCUUGCAAGAAGCCGAGGGCUUGUUGCACGGCGUCUAUGGUUAUGUUGAAGUUGCGCGCCAGCAACGAGGUGAAGAGAUCCCUCGUCUCACGCCUGGCUUUGUGUCAGGUAUUCGUUCGGGUGGAAGUUGGCAGAAUAAUGGUCUGGUUCUUGGUGAUCCUUCUGCUGCAUCGCAGCCUUUCCUACAGCAAGACACAGACACCGUUAUCGAACCGAACGCCCACCUUGACCAGACUCUACUUGAACGAAUGGACGACAUGAGAAAGAACAUUUCUAUCAGCGUCCGCCGGAUGGACAAACACCUAGCCUUCAGUGACAAAUUGGUCACCCCCAAGAAACACAAGAAGGUGAGUCAAGCCAUCUCUGAAGAUGCUUGUCGAGUCGUUGAAGCCUGUCGGCCAUAUUCUGCCGCUGUCGAGAGUAUCAAUCUGGCACCGCUUGGAUCUACCUUCAGAAAUCCUCAAAUCAUCGAUUUCAGCACGCAGAAGCAGAAGUUUUACGACAACUCCUCAGAGCUGGUGGUCGCUUGCCAGACCGUGGCCAGUCCUCUAAGUGACGAGUGGUCUGAUCACAGAGGCAGUUCGCUCGAGGAGCGCAUAACUCAUGUCAAACUUGUUGCGCGUGAGCUUGAUAUGUCUUCCAGCCAGUUGCAAUUUUCUCUGCAAUUAUUAGCGGAAAUGAUGCCUCAGGAUUCAAUUGCGACGCCGAGCGAACAUAGUCGCAACAGCGAAAGCACCUACGUUGAGGAACCUCGUGGAGGGUCAACUCUCAGGGGUAAGCCUAACGACCUGGGCCCAGCAAAGAGCUUCGUAGAAAGCCCCGAGCCGACUGUCGAGACGCCACGUCUUGCAGACAACUCGAAACUCAAGCGCUUCUUUGGCGAAGUACCUGCAACGAUACAGCAGGAGGAUGUCCCAGACUUCCUCAAACUUGACCAUGAAGGUGAAAUUGCUUACGACACUAAGUUGGUUCCUGCUCAGUUGCGUGGCGGUACCUUGACUGGUCUUGUUGAACAACUGACACGGCACGAUCGUUUGGACUCGCCAUUCAACAACACAUUCCUACUGACAUACCGAUCUUUCACAUCUGCUAGCGAGCUGUUCGAAAUCUUGGUCAAGCGAUGGAACGUGCAACCACCCUACGGUCUAAAUCCUCACGAUCUCGAGACGUGGGUCAAUAAGAAGCAAAAGCCUAUCAGGUUCCGUGUCGUCAACAUCUUGAAGAGUUGGUUUGACAACUACUGGAUGGAAGAGAACAGUGAGGCGAACCAACAACUCAUGCACAGAGUCUACUCCUUCGCCAAGGAAACAGUUGCCUCUGGCAGCACACCCGGUGCCGGUCCUCUGAUGACAGCCAUUGAGCAGAGAAUGCGUGGACAGGACGCUCCUGGCAAACGCUUGGUGCUGACACUAAACUCCGAAAGGACGCCUACACCGAUUAUUCCGAAGAACAUCAAGAAGCUGAAGUUCCUUGAUAUCGAUGCUCUGGAAUUCGCUAGACAGCUCACCAUCAUUGAGUGUAGACUGUACUGCAAGAUCAAGGCAACUGAGUGCUUGAACAAGACGUGGCAAAAGAAGCUUCAACCCAAUGAGCCCGAUCCUGCUGCUAAUGUCAAGGCUUUGAUUCUGCACUCUAACCAGCUGACCAACUGGGUUGCUCAGAUGAUCCUGACUCAAGCUGAUGUCAAGAGACGUGUGAUUGUUAUUAAGCAUUUCGUGGCAGUCGCAGAUAAAUGUCGUCAACUCAACAAUUAUUCGACUCUCACAUCGAUCAUUUCAGCACUGGGCACAGCACCUAUUCAUCGUCUGGGUCGCACAUGGGCUCAGGUUAAUCAAAAGACCCAAGCAACUCUAGAGGUUAUGAGGAAGUUGAUGGGAAGUACGAAGAACUUCUCAGACUACAGGGAAACAUUGCACAAGGCCAACCCCCCAUGCAUCCCAUUCUUUGGUGUUUACCUAACCGAUCUUACCUUCAUCGAGGAUGGUAUCCCAGGAGUCAUCAAGAAGACCAACCUCAUCAAUUUCGCCAAGCGCAGCAAGACUGCAGAGGUCAUUCGCGAUAUUCAACAGUACCAGAAUGUGCCUUAUCCAUUGCAGCCUGUCCCGGAGCUUCAGGAGUACAUCCUCACGAACAUGCAAACAGCAGGCGAUGUGCAUGAGAUGUACGACCGCAGUUUAGCAGUCGAGCCGAGAGAGAGGGAGGAUGAGAAGAUUGCCCGAUUACUUUCCGAAUCGGGCUUCCUGUGA